AUGGAUCUGAUGAUGAAGAAUGGGGUUUACCCUGAUACGGUUACUUAUAGUACCCUCCUGCAUGGAUACUGCAGCAGAGGGAAGGUUUUUGAAGCUAAAAGUGUUCUUCGUGAAAUGAUAAGGAAUGAUUGUCAGCCUAAUACUUACACUUGCAACACAUUGCUGGAUAGCUUGUGGAAAGAGGGGAGGACCCUAGAGGCAGAGGAAAUGCUGCAAAAGAUGAAUGAAAAAUGCUAUCAACCGGAUACAGUGAUCUGCAAUAUUGUAGUCAAUGGUCUCUGUAGAAAUGGAGAACUAAACAAAGCAAGGUUUUUAAUUUGCCUGAUGGAAUCACAUAGACAACUUCAAUUAAUGGACUUUGCAAAGUUGGGAGGCUAG